AUGGUUCACUUGACAGCGACGCCUACUGAGACCUCCGGACGGUCCGCAGUGAUCCCACGCAAGACGCUGCGGGAAAGAUUCCUCCACCGUCUGCCCAACUACAAUGGCCCGUACAACGUCGGCUACAUGGACGUCGAGGUUCCGGCCCGGAACCCACGUCCCAUAUCUAAUUUGAAACGCGGGGGGAAACCAGUGCUGCGUCUGGACACCGUGCUUAUGGGUAUAUACUACCCAUGUGACGUGAGGGAAACCAUCGAAGCCUCGGAUGGUGCACACAACCUCCGGCGCGUCAAUUGGAUGCCUGCGCCUAGAAUUGCCACUUCAAAGGGAUACGCAAAGUUUCUCAAUAUCCCGGCGGCACCCGUCACGGGAUAUCUGGCUUGUACGUCGCUUUUUACAAAGCUGCCUGCGUUUCGAAACGCCAAGCUGGCAGACUACUGGGCGAAAAAUAGUUCCAAGGAAGAUAUGGCUUCCGACAAAGAGGACGGUGGAAAAGACGAUAAACCUACGUUUCCCGUCAUCAUAUUUAGCCAUGGGUUGGGAGGCUCGAGGCUGUGCUACAGCACAAUAUGUGGCGAACUGGCUAGUUUCGGCUUCGUCGUGGUCGCGGUCGAGCAUAGGGACGGAAGCGGCGCGAGGACGCUAGUGAACCUGCCUGAGAAUGUCAGCGCAACGGAGAUUGAGUCUUCAACAGCGGAAAUCGUGUCCGGAAACGACGAGGAGCACGGGUCCGGGGCCAAGAACAAAAAGGUUGAAGGUCAGAAGAAGCGCGGCGUGAACCCGUACUACAUCAUGGACUACAUUUUACCAAAAGACAAUGCCCAGGAUACCUCUCCACACAACCCUCGCGGCGUAGACAGCCACCUCCGAAACGCCCAGAUCGAGCUCAGGCUGCAAGAGAUCAAGGAGGCAUACCAUGUGCUCUCGCUCAUAAACAACGGCAGGGGGGACGACGUCGCGCGCCUCAACUUGCGGAAGAAGGGCAAUAUCGGCUCCAGCUCCAGGGGACUCACGGGGAUAACUUGGGACAGCUGGAAAGGGAGCAUGUUUCUCGACAAGGUCACCGCCAUGGGCCACUCGUUUGGAGGAGCAACCACGAUCCAACUCUGUCGGGACCAGUCUCUCCCAUGGCUGGGCCAAGGCGUCAUUCUCGACGCGUGGGGUCAAGGAACUCCUGCUCGAGGCGACGGCCCCGAUAACAUUGUAGUCAAGCCCAUCAUUGCCAUAUCGUCAGAGGCAUUCAUGCACUGGAAGGAGAAUUUCGAACGAGUCGUCGGGUUUUGCCAAGAAGCGCGUGAAUCCAAGACUCUGUGCUGGAUGCUCACCAUUGUGGGCUCCACGCAUCUUGCCAUGACCGACUUUGCUGUGUUAUACCCCCAUUGGAUGUCGUUCUUCAUGAAGUCAAUGGUGAACCCACUGAGGGCUUGUUCCCUUACUAUCGCGACUUCGUUGGAGUUUCUCAGCCUCACUCUGCCGCCCGGGCACAUCAAACACAAGACUUGGCUCGACGAGGAUCUGUUGCUGUCGGCGCCGGCACCGAGUGAGCCUGAGGAGGCGCUGAGAGAGGACCACGCCCCGGAUUACAAGUGGGUGGCAGUGAGACUCAGGAUUCCCAACGAGUUUUCAAAGAGAUUCAAAGCAUGGUGUCGAAGGCUUUGGCGGACACUAAUCUGUACAGCUGUCGAAGGCGACGCCCUGGGCAAUGGACUCCAUGAUUACACUGAGCAGGAUGAGUUGUGGACGCAUAUUAGUCCGAGAUGUGCAGAUGUGGCUUCGUACAGGAGCUCCCUGACUUGA